AUGGUUAAGGGUUUUCCAUGGUAAUCUUUAUGGAUAAACCAUUGGGUCUCUUGGAAUCUGAUCCUGACCCACUGCUUUUUGUUUAUAAGAUUUUGUGUAUUAAGUCUUUUGAUAGCUUUUUUACUUAUAUCUUUUUUGAAAAAAAAUACUAUGACUUGUUGUGAAGUUUGAGGUGUUGCAAGAUGAGCAUCAGGAAGAUUGCGUUUGAGGAAGGAUGGCAGCACCUGGAAGAGGGGAUUGCGAAGCUCACGAAGAUAUUGGAGGGACAUGAUAGCAGAAGCAUACUAACAGCAUCUGAAGUUAUACAUUUUUAUGAGUAUAUUGUUUUGCCCUCUUUGAUGGAUAAAGAUAAUGAGGCUUUGUUGCAAGAGCUUGUUAGAAUGUGGUCAAACUACCAAGUUAUGGUUAGAUUGCAGUCAUUCAUUUUUAGCUACCUUGAACGUUAUUAUACCACUCGGGCUGCAGUUCCUCCACUAAAGAAUGUUGCUGCUAGUUGCUUCUGCAAUCUGGUAAUUCUUACACUUUAGGCUUGUUUUUGUUAUCUAUUAUUGACUGUUAGAUAAGGAUAAUGACUUUUGCAUUUAUUUAGUGAACUUAAAUUUACUCAUCUAUGAUCUGCAUCAUCUACAUCAUUGACUUUCAGGUCUGUCCAGCAUUAAGUC